AUGUCGCAAACCUCAAAGGUGCCCAACCUGGUGACCAGGGCGCGCGAAAGCAACGGUGUCGUGCCGUCGGCCCUCAUCGAGCAGCUCAACGCCAACGGCAACACCGACCUUAAAAAAGUCUGGUUCUCCAUCGUCGCUUUUGUCGGCCUCGGCGUCUUUACCCUGAUCGCCUUUCAGAUUCUCCGUCCCAACAACAAGAUCGUCUACGCUCCUAAGUAUAAGUAUGCCGAAGAAGGUAAAGCGCCACCAAAGGCGUCCGAAGGCUUCUUUGGCUGGCUUCCGCCCAUCCUCAAGUACAAGGAGCACGACCUCUUGCCCCUCAUCGGCCUCGACGGUGUCACCUUCCUCCGCUUCAUCCGCAUGAUGCGAUGGAUGCUCACCACCCUCGCCGUACUCAUGUCCGUCGUACUCAUGCCCGUCGACAUCGCCUACAACAUUCGCAACGGCGGCAGCAACCUCGUCACCAACAAGCUCAAUUACCUCAACAUGUCCAACGUCUACGGCUCCUACAUGUGGGCCCACGUCGGCAUGAGCUACGUGGGCACCAUUGUCGCGCUUUCGUUCAUCUGGUACCACUAUCGCGAGAUGGUGCGCUUACGCUGGGCCUACUUCCGAUCCGAAGAGUACCAGACUAGUUUCCACGCGCGAACCUUGAUGAUCACCGACGUCACCAAACGGUACCAGGCCGACAACGCACUCGGCGCCGUCUUGUCCGAGCUUAAGAUGCCUUACCCCACCACCGAGGUGCACAUCGGUCGUCGCGUUGGUCUGCUCCCUGACCUCAUCGAAAAGCACAACGAUCUGGUGCGCGAGCUCGAACACGUCCUUGCGAAGUACCUCAAGAACCCCAAUCAGCUGCCCUCCAAACGUCCCACCAAGACUAUCGGUGGCUUCUUGGGUAUCGGCGGUGAGAGGGUUGACGCCAUCGACUACCUCACCGCGCAGAUCAACCGUGUUGAGGCUGCCGUCUUACAUCAGCGAGAGACCAUCCAGCAAAAGCAGCCAGAGAUGUACGGCUUUGCCUCGCUUGCUGCUGUUCCUUACGCUCAUGCUGCGGCCAAGGUGCUGAAAGGCAAGAAGCCCGGUGGCAUGCGCAUCACGCUGGCCCCACCUCCCACCGGUAUCAUUUGGAAGAAUCUGACCAGGUCGCGCGCCAGCCGAGCCAAGUCGAGCUUCUUUGGCUUCUUCAUUCUCCUCGUCCUCUUCUUCCUGAACAUCUUCCCGCUGAUCAUCGUCUCGCUGCUGUCCAACAUGGCGGGUCUUACCAGCAUCUCGUGGCUCGGCUGGCUCAAGAACUGGCAGAAGAAGAGCCCCUUCACCUUUGCCGCCGUCUCGGGUUUGGGAGCUCCCACCAUCAUGGGCAUGGCUUCGUUCUUCUUCCCGCUCGCCAUGCGCAGGAUUGCCAAGUACCGCGGUGUUCAGACGCGCUAUCGUCUCGACCGUUUGCUGGUUGGCCAGUACUUUGGCUUCCUCGUCGUCUCGCAGUUUCUCUUCUUUUCACUCAUCGGUGUCGUUCUGUCCCUCGUUUCGCAGCUCGUCGUCGAGAUUAACCACAACAGCGCGCUCAAAAUCAUCGAAAAUCUCGGCCGAUCCGCCGCUUACGCAACCAAGCAGCAGUAUCUCAACCAGUCCAACUACUGGCUCACCUGGUUGCCGCUCCGAGGCUACCUUGCCGUGUUCGAUCUGGCACAGGUGAUCAAGCUCAUGCUCGUCUGGAUCCAAAAGGUCUUCUUCGGACGCACGCCACGCGAUGUGCGCGAGUACACCAAGCCGCCCGUGUUUGACUACUGGAUGUACUACGCCAACUUCCUCUUCGUAGCGGCUCUUGCCAUGAUCUACGCGCCUUUGGCUCCUCUCGUCGUCGUCUUUUCGGCCAUCGUGUUCUGGGCCAACUCGUUCAUUUACAAAUACCAGCUCAUGUAUGUGUUUGUCACCAAGCACGAGACCGGUGGCAUGCUGUGGCGACCAGUCAUCAACCGUCUGCUGGUGGGCAUCGGCUUCAUGCAGGUCAUCCUUAUUCUGGCCGUCGUGCUCGACUCGCAGAACUACUAUCAGGCGAUCGCUGCGCUGCCGCCCAUCCUCAUGUUGAUCGCUUUCAAGAUCUACUGCCGUCGCACCUUCGACAGCCGCUUCGACUGGUACAUCCCCAACGAGGCCGAGAUCGCUGCUUCCAAGAUUCAUGGUGGCGAUGCGCGCCACAACCGUUUGCAGCGCCGUUUCGGACACCCGACGCUGCACUCGAAGCUGUUUACCCCCAUGGUGCACGCCAAGGUCAAGCACCUGCUGCCCCAGGUGUACAAGGGCCGUCUCGAUACGGGCACAGCGGUGGUGGAUGGCCGAAAGGUCGAGACCGAGCAGGUGGCUGGCGGCCUCAAGAUCGCAGCCAUCGAAGAGGAUCAGCUCGAGUACGACCCUUCCAAGGACUCGGACGCACGCUCGGUCAUGUCGGGUACCACGCUCGGCGGCAUGUCGAUGGGUGGCGUUGGCGUGGGCACUCCCGGCAGCAUGGGUGGCCCGCGCGGCGACUACUUCAAAGACCAAUAUGCCAACUACAUGGCAGGCGCCAACAUGCACGGUGGCGAAGAAUUCGAAAUGUCCAACGUGGCUGCGCGCGACAGCCGCGACAACCUGCUCGAAAAGCACAACCACAGCCUGUACAACGAAUCUCUCGAUGGCACGUUGGCUGGUACGACGUACGGAGGAAAAUCGUCGCCCGAGGCCGGGAUGGGGGCGCAUGGACAGUACCAUGGCUAUUCGGCCGCUACGACACCUGGCCUCGAGUCUGGCCCUGCUCAGCAGCCCAUGUAUGCUGACCCGUACGGACAAGGCGGACAGUCGUACGCGCCACGCAUGGGUGUCAACCACAGCGCCCAGGGAAGCCAGACGAGCCUUGGCUCGUACGGCAACCUGCUGUACGGCGGCAAUGCCCCUGCUGCGGCUCCCACUGCGGGAGGAUAUGGCUCACCCGGUUCACAGGUCGCUUAUGGCAACGGCGGACGCAUGGCGUCGCCCGCGCAGGCACAGCAGAUCUCGCCUGGUACUGUGAUCGCACCAACGACGGCGCAAUACCAUGCUGGAGGCUACACGACAUCGCCGCACAACGCGCAGCAACCUCAACGAUUCAUGGGCGCGCCACCAUCUCGCCAGGCCUCAGCCGACUACCCUUACCAACCCAGCGGUGGUUACGGCCAGCCUCCAGCUCAGCAAGCGCCAGGCUAUGCUCAGCAUCAGCAAUACCAGCAGCACCAGCAACAGCAGCCAUAUGCGGGUCAGGCUCGACAAGCGCAAUCGCAGGGCCAACAGCGUGGUGGAGGAAACAUGUUCCAUCCGCCAGCGCACGGCUCGCAGCCUGGCUCUUUCUAUCAGCAAGGUGGUGGGUACGGAUAUCAGCGCUAG